AUGGUGUCACCGGCGAUUGCCCUGGCCUUCCUCCCCUUCCUUGUCACCCUGCUGAUCCGCUACCGGCACUACCUGGUGCUGCUGUACCGGGCAGUGCUGGUGGGCUGGCUGCGGGACCGGCUCACCGGCGUCCCACGGGAGCAGCGCGCCUUCCAGUACCUGCUGGCCCAUGCCAUCCCUGGGGACCCCCGGCACAUCCUGCAGACCUUCGACCAGUGGUGCUACUGCUGCGAGCACCUCAGCAGCGUAGGGCCCAUCAAAGGGAGGAUCGUGGAGCGGCUGCUCUAUGAGCGGGCGCCGCUGCGGGUGCUGGAGCUGGGAACCUACUGUGGCUACGGCACAGUGCUGCUGGCGCAGGGGCUGCCUCCUGGUGCCCGCCUCUACACCGUGGAGUUGGACCCCCGCCACGCUGCCGUGGCCGAGAAGGUCAUCCGCCUGGCCGGCUUCGACGAGCAGACGGUGGAGCUAAUCGUGGGCCCAUCGGAGGAGGUGAUCCCCCGGCUGAGGGAGAAGCACGGCCUGCUGAAGGCCAACUUCGUCUUCAUGGAUCACUGGAAGCGCUGCUACCUGCGGGACCUGCAGCUGCUGGAAACCCACCAGCUGCUGGCUGAGGGGGCCACCAUCCUGGCUGACAACGUCCUCUUCCCCGGUGCACCCCACUUCCUGCAGUACGCCAAAACCUGUGGUAAAUACCGCUGCAAGGUGCACCGCGCCAGCCUGGAGUACUUCCACGCCAUCCCCGAUGGCAUCGCCGAGCUCUGCUAUACCGGUAACCGCUGA